AUGCAGUUAGGGCAGAAACAAGUCUGCUACAUGGGCCACAUUAUAUCUUCAGAGGGUUUCGGCGCUGAUCCAAAGAAGUUGAAAGCCAUCGACGAAAUGGCGCCCCCUUCUGAUAAGGCAAGCUUCCAGAGUGUACUAGGCAUGGUAAAUUACGUACAGAAGUUUACACCCAAUCCAGCAGAUUUGACAAAAUCACUUGGAGAAAUUGACAAGAAGGAAAAUGAAUUUGUACAGAAAGAAGAAAUUCAUGGCAAGUGCUUAGAGCGAGUAAAGCGAGUUCUAACCCAUGCACCAGUGCUCAAGUUCUUUAAUACUUCAAUGCGAUUACAUGCCAGUCACCUGAGUGUUCAGGGGUGUCUCAGGAGAGCUAAAGAAGCCUUCUACUGGCGAGGCAUUUACAAGCAAACUACAGAGUUCACCUCAAGGUGCAGCAUUUGCAACAGCUACAAACCAGAACAGCGGAAAGAACCUCUAGUAUCUUACGAAAUACCGACAAGACCAUGGCAGAGCAUCUCAGAAGACCUGUUUGAGCUUGACAGCACCGAAUACUUGAUUACCACUAACUUUUACUCUAAUUUCUUCGAGUUAGAUAUGCUGCCAUCUAAGACCGCCAGAGGGUUAUUGAAAAAACUAAAGCCGCACCUUGCAAGAUAUGGGGUUCCAGACCGUAUCACCACAGACAAUAGACCACAGUUUGCCUGUAACAAGUUUCAGAAGUUUGCAGCAGAGUAUCAGUUUGAACACAUUAAAACUUCACCACGAUACUUGCAAUUCAAUGGCAAGGUGGAGAACAGUGUUAAAACAGCAAAGAACAUCUUGAAGAGAGCUGCUGAUGCUGGCCAUGACCAUCACUUGUCUCUACUGGACUUUAGGAACACCCCAUCAAAAGGGAUGGACGACACUCCUGCCCAGCGUCUCUUCACAGGCAGAACCAGCACUUCCUGCUAA